CCCCGCCGCCUGCCCCGGUAACGGUCGCUGGGAGUUUAAAUGAGCAGGGGCCGGGCCGCGCCGCGCCGUCGCCGAGACACGCACUGAGGCGGGGCCGGGGCCGCCCCGCUCCGGGCUCGGCGAGAGGAGGAGGUGGAGGCCGGCGAGAGCAGGAUGACGGUGCUGCAGGAACCCGUCCAGGCUGCUAUAUGGCAAGCGCUUAACCACUAUGCUUACCGCGAUGCAGUGUUCCUUGCAGAGAGGCUGUAUGCAGAAGUACACUCAGAAGAAGCCCUGUUUUUGCUGGCAACAUGUUACUACCGCUCAGGAAAGGCCUACAAAGCAUAUAGGCUCCUAAAGGGACACAGCUGUACUACCCCACAGUGUAAAUACCUGCUUGCAAAAUGUUGUGUGGACCUCAGCAAGCUUGCAGAAGGAGAGCAGAUCUUAUCUGGUGGAGUCUUGAACAAACAGAAAAGCCAUGAUGACAUUGUUAUGGAGUUUGGUGACUCUGCAUGCUUUACCCUCUCCUUACUGGGACAUGUCUACUGCAAGACAGACCGGCUUGCCAAAGGAUCAGAAUGUUACCAAAAGAGCCUUAGUUUAAAUCCUUUCCUCUGGUCCCCCUUUGAAUCGCUGUGUGAGAUUGGUGAAAAACCAGACCCUGACCAAACAUUUAAACUAACAUCUUUACAGAACUUCAGCAGCUGUCUGCCCAACACUUGCACAACGUUGGUGUCUAAUCACAACAUAUCCCACAGGCAGCCUGAGACCGUCCUGAUGGAAACGCCACAAGACACAAUUGAGUUGAACAGAAUCAACUUAGAAUCAUCCAAUUCAAAAUACUCCUCCUUGAACACAGACUCUUCAGUGUCUUACAUUGACCCAGCUGUGAUCUCACCAGACUCCCUUGGGUCAGGAACUGCCAUGUUUUCAAAACCGCCUCAGAACAAACCAAAAACUGGGCGCAGUCUACUGGGAGGCCCUGCAGCUCUGACCCCACUAACGCCGAGCUUUGGAAUUUUGCCACUAGAUACCCCGAGCCCCGGAGACGGAUCCUAUUUACAAAACUACACAAACUCUUCUUCUGUAAUUGAUGUGCCAGCCACAGGAGCACCUUCAAAGAAGAAACUUUGUCUUAUGCAGGCUGUCAGCAGGAUCAGCCAAGCUGGAACUAAGUCUGUCUUCUCACAGAGCGGAAACAGCCGGGAGGUCACUCCAAUCUUUGCACAAACACAGAGCUCUGGACCACAGACAAGUACAACACCUCAGGUAUUGAGCCCAACAAUUGCUGCUCCACCAAACGCACUGCCUCGAAGAAGCUCCCGUCUGUUUACUAGUGAUAGCUCCACAACAAAGGAGAACAGCAAAAAAUUAAAAAUGAAGUUUCCGCCGAAGAUUCCAAACAGAAAAACAAAAAGUAAAACAAAUAAGGGAGGAAUAACUCAGCCAAACAUAAAUGACAGUUUGGAUAUCACCAAACUGGACUCUUCCAUCAUUUCAGAAGGGAAAAUUUCCACUGUUACACCACAGAUCCAGGCUUUCACUCUACAGAAAGCAGCAGCAGAAGGUUUGAUGAGCCUCCUGCGUGACAUGGGCAAAGGUUAUUUAGCCUUGUGUUCAUACAACUGCAAAGAGGCUAUCAGCAUCUUAAGCCAUUUGCCGUCCCACCACUACAACACCGGCUGGGUGCUGUGCCAGAUUGGGAGAGCCUACUUUGAGCUGGCAGAGUACAUGCAGGCUGAGAGGAUAUUCUCAGAAGUAAGGAGGAUUGAAAACUACAGAGUGGAAGGCAUGGAGAUCUACUCGACCACGCUGUGGCACCUGCAGAAAGAUGUUGCCCUUUCAGUUCUUUCCAAGGAUUUGACAGACCUGGACAAAAACUCACCUGAGGCCUGGUGUGCUGCAGGAAACUGUUUCAGCUUGCAGCGGGAGCAUGACAUUGCCAUCAAGUUCUUCCAGAGAGCCAUUCAGGUUGAUCCCAACUAUGCUUAUGCCUAUACCUUGCUGGGGCAUGAAUUUGUGUUAACGGAAGAACUAGACAAAGCUUUAGCUUGUUUCAGAAAUGCAAUCAGAGUCAACCCCAGGCACUACAAUGCAUGGUACGGGUUGGGAAUGAUUUAUUACAAGCAGGAGAAAUUCAGCCUAGCAGAAAUGCAUUUCCAGAAAGCACUUGAUAUCAACCCUCAGAGCUCAGUUUUACUGUGUCACAUUGGAGUGGUCCAGCAUGCACUGAAAAAAUCUGAAAAGGCUUUGGAUACUUUAAACAAAGCCAUCAACAUCGACCCCAAGAACCCACUAUGCAAAUUCCACAGAGCUUCUGUAUUGUUUGCAAAUGAGAAGUACAAGUCUGCUUUACAAGAACUUGAAGAACUGAAACAGAUUGUUCCCAAAGAGUCUCUUGUUUACUUUUUAAUAGGAAAGGUCUAUAAAAAACUGGGUCAAACACAUUUGGCCCUAAUGAAUUUCUCAUGGGCAAUGGACUUAGAUCCUAAGGGAGCCAAUAACCAGAUCAAAGAGGCCAUUGAUAAACGCUACCUGCCAGAUGAUGAGGAGCCAAUAACUCAAGAAGAGCAAAUCAGUGAAUGUUAUCCCUAUGAAUCAGGUCACAUGGAUUUCUUUUGUUGGUGGUGGUCCUCUGCCCUGUGUGCUUUUAAUACUGCAAAUUGGUCCUGUACCCCCUGAAGUUAUCAAGAGUUUUUUCUUUCCCUGCUGUUGUACUUGAGCCAACUUGGAGCCCUGGGGACUGAGCAGGCUUCUGACCAGAAGAUGGAGACAAAGCACUGGAAAUGCUGAGCAGCACCUAAGCAGUGCCAAAAAAAAGCUGGCCCCCAAAGGCCCAGCCAAGACACCAGAGCUGGCCCCCAAAAGCCCAGCCAAAUAAACCCAACUGAAAAGGGCAAGAACCAACAAUUGAAUCUGUCUGGUAAAUGUAAACCAAAGAACACAACCUCAGGCUGUCAGCAGUUCCCUUUCAUGGGAUCAGAGAAGCGUUUGGGUCUCAGACACUUCCAGGGAUGAAGCAUCCACAGCUUCUCUGGGCAGCCUGUUUCGGUGCCUUGCUGUAAAGCUCUUCUGCUUGCUGUCCAACCAAAUCUCUGCUCCACUUUCAAGCCAUUGCCCCUUGUCCUGUCGCUACAAGCCAUUACUCAGUCCCUCCCCAGCUCUCCUGUAGCCCCCUUUAGGUACUGGAAGGCCACUGGAAUGUAGGAGAACCUUCCACUGGACCAUGUUGCUCAAGGUCCUGUGUAACCUGAGCUUGACCAGCUAUGGGGGGGAGGCAAAUCAAGUGGUCACAAUGCAUUGGGUAACUGUUGGGAGCAUUCCAACCAGCUGGUGUGUUUUGAAGGAGUUGGGAUGGUUAAAUUGCUCCUUUGGCAGCUUUGGAACCCUCCAGAUCAAUCCUUACUGAAGCAAUUGUUGGAGAUUUCAGAUGCUUAGCAGAAGGUCUUGGAGCAAAACUGGAAGUGAGUAGAUUCAGAUUGGAUGUCAGGAAGAAGUUCUUCACCAUGAGGGUGCUGAGACGCUGGAACAGGUUGCCCAGGAAGGUAGUGGAAGCCUCAUCCCUGAAAGUCUUUAAGGUCAGGCUGGAUGUGGCUGUGAGCAACCUGAUAUAGUGCGAGGUGUCCCUGCCCAUGGCAGGGAGGUUGCAGCUGGGAUGAUCUUUGAGGUCCUUUCCAGCCCUGACAACUGUGUGAUCCUAUGAAAUCCUGGGGGCUCUGGAACUCUGGACAAGGCUGCUCUGUCUGCUGGUCUUGAACAGAGCACCAGUCUGGAGACAUCCUCCAGCUUGCUUAGCACAGGUUCCUUCCUGUCCUGACAGCUGUAUGGUUCUAGGGUGGCUCAGCAGUGUUCGUUGUGUGCUUUGUGUGAGUUCCCGAAGGAAUUCAUUUAGGCUUCAUCAAGCCAGCAGGGCUCAGAGUGUUGGGAGGAGCAGUCCAGGUGGCUUUAGAGCGUUCAGAAGGAGACCCCGAGCAGGUUGCUGGAGUUGGUGUGGAGUGGAACCUCGGUGGUGUUUGACUGCUUUGU